CUAGGAGGUAGGCGUAGGCCUAACUAAAGUCCAAGUGGUCCACGACACGAGUACCGUAACAACAAUUCAAUCUGACAGUUCAUUCAUAUCACUAUAUAUAAUUUGGAUAUAUUUCAGGUUUUUGUCUGGACAGCUGCUGAUAAAGAACCAAUGUACCAAAAUUGAGGAACGCUAAUCUGUGUUAUUACCUCAAACACAGCCCUUUUUAUAGGACAAAUAAAAAAUUCACAGGGAAGAAUAUUUAAAGUCUACACAUAAUGAAGUCUUCAACCAAUUGUAAUGAAAAUGAAAAAACACUCUUUGCAAGUUUUUGUUAUCCCAUGACGGCCCUCUUCGGUCGCUAUGGAAUAAUCAAGUACGAACCCCUUCUGGCCGGCAUAGCGGGCGGAGUGGUAUCCACUACAAUCCUCCAUCCACUGGACACGAUAAGAACCAGAUUAGCAGUAAGCGGCAGUCCGUUGAUCGCAGCCGGUAUACGAAGACCAUCCUACGGCGGUCUUGUUGACGUCCUGACGACUAUCACGAGAAGCCAUGGCGUGCAAGGUGUCUACAGAGGAAUAACUCUGGGAGUUUUAGCCGCCGGAUGCACUUGGGGCUCUUACUUUUUCUUUUACGACGCACGCAAAGCACAGAUGCAUCGAGAUGAUCCUACAAGAGCCUCCUUAGGAGCCGUAAACCACAUGAUGGCGGCCACUGAAUCUGGGCUGAUCACGUUAGUUUUGACAAACCCCAUCUAUGUGAUAAAGACCCGACUUUGUCUUCAAUUCGGUGCCCAAGAAUUUUCAGAGGAGAAACGCUACAGUGGAAUAAUUGAUGCGCUGGUCAAGACUUACCGCAACGAAGGUAUUAAAGGUUUCUACAAAGGACUUCUUCCUGGAUUCUUUGGUGUUUCGCACACUGCCAUCCAGCUUAUGAUGUACGAAGAGAUGAAAAGCACUUACAAGGAACAUCACAACAUGUCUUCCGACUCUCGAAUGAGUACAAUGACGUAUUUAUCCUUCACUGCUUUGUCGAAACUGAUUGCGGUCAUAACCACGUAUCCUUACCGACUGAUGCGGACUCGUAUGCAAGACCAGCAUCACGAACAUAACGGCCCAAUUGACAUGGUCACUCGGACGUGGAGAUACGAAGGCAUCCGAGGAUUCUACAAAGGUAUGCUGCCAACAUUGUUAAGGGUUACGCCAGCAACAGCCAUCACUUUUGUCGUCUAUGAGAACGUGACUCACUAUUUUAUUGAGAAUUCAGUGGCAUCAAAGAACAAGACUCAAUGAGAAACUAGCCGAAUUGACGAGAAGCUUCAACUAAAGGCCUCUUUGUUUUAAAAUUCCUAAUGUGCCUUGCCGCAUUCGUGCAACGAUCGCAGCUCAGGCUCGAUACUCAAUCAUUUUAAAUUAUUAGAUAGCCUUAUUUUCAUCCGUAUGUCUAUGAUACUCUUUUUAUUUCAAUUUGUAACAAUCCUAACCGAAAAAGUGCUGAUAUUUCUUGGAGAUUCCGAUAGUUGCAACAGUAGGAUUUCGUCACGUUCUGCUAGAACCUUUGUAUACAGGGUAAUACACACAAACCGUUUAAAACCA